AAAGAAAAUUGUUGGUUUAAAUCUUAUUAUCCGGAGCGAAGCGAAGGACUAGUAUAUAUGUUUAAUAAUAAUGGAAUAUUAAUGAUAUAUGGUGAUCACAUGGCUAUGUCCGGUUUGUUUGCGUGCACCAUGUCACUAAAAUUUUGUUCUACAUCAAAUAAAAAUAAAUUUAUGAAAAGGUUUAUUUACAAUUUUCUUUUUUUUGCGUUUUCUAAAUAAAUUUAUUUAUAUUUUUUUUUAAAAAAAAAACAUU